AUGGGCCGCACGGGUGCAGCGGUCAAGAAGGGCGGCCUGGGCAACGCCCUCGUGCGCACGCAGAAGAAGGCGUCGGCCGUCCACACAAAGGACGUGCACUCGAGCGCCGGCAAACACGUGUCGGCGCGCGACGGCGGAGACGCGUCCGUGGCGCUGGCCUCGUACCUCGAAGGCUCGUCGCUGGACGACUUUCUGGCGAGUGCUGUGCUGUCCAAUCGCGAGUUUACGGCCGUGAAGGAGAGUAUCGUGUUGAUGGACGAAGCAGACACGGGCCUGCAGCUGGUGGAGCGACAGAAGAGUGUAGUGCCAGAGAUGACGUUUACCGAGAUGAAAGUGCCGCGACGUCCCCAGUGGGACGCGUCAACGACGGCAGAAGAGCUGAAUCGUUUGGAAAAAGAGUGUUUUCUUGCAUGGCGUCGUGACAUUGCAGUUUUGGAGGCGUCGUCGGACCAUUUGGAAGUGACGCCGUUUGAAAAGAACUUGGAGGUGUGGCGUCAACUAUGGCACGUUCGCGAGCGGAGUGACGUUAUUGUGCAGAUUGUGGACGCUCGCAAUCCGCUGUUCUACCGAUCGACGGAUCUAGAUGCAUACGCCAAGGAAGGCGAGACGCCUCGACGCACGUUGUUGAUCGUGAACAAGUCGGACUUCCUGAACGACCGUCAACGGAUCGCUUGGGGUGACUACUUCACAGCCGCGCACAUCAGCUUUGUGUUCUUCUCGGCCAAAGAAGCUCAGGACGAAAUCGAUGAAGAGGCGAAAAGCCUGCGACAGAGUCAGAGAAACGCUGAAAGCCACAACGAGUACGGCGAAGUGGCGCCUGCGCAAGCACCACAGUCUGCGGGAGAAGAGACUGGCGCCAACGAGGAGGCCAGUCUGUAUCCUGUGCUAUCGCGCGUCGAGCUGCUAGAGUACUUGACUAGCAUGGCUGCAGAGGUGCUGGCUGAGGUGGGCGUGCGAGUGAAGGACAAGGGCUUGAUCAAGUAUGGCAUGGUGGGCUUCCCUAAUGUCGGAAAGAGCUCUGUGAUCAAUGCACUGCUGGGUGCGUCGACGUAUUCGCACAAGACGCAGCGUGUUGCUGUUGGUGCGACUCCUGGCAAGACGAAACACUUUCAGACCAUGAUCCUGUCCGACAAAAUCAUGCUCUGCGAUUGUCCUGGUCUCGUCUUUCCCAGCUUUGUCAACUCGAAGGCCGAGAUGUGCUGUUGCGGUGUGCUGCCCCUCUCGCAACUUCGUGAUCACAUCUCGCCGUGCCAACUCUUGUGCCACCGUAUCCCGAAGCGAGUGCUCGAGCGAACAUACGGCAUUCAUAUUCCCACGUCCAAGACGGCCAAGGAAACGGAUCCCGUUGGCAUUUACGCGCUUCUCGAGGCGUAUGCCCGCAAUCGUGGGUACACGACCACUGGCAAAGGAGGACCCGACACGUCACGCGCAGCACGCGACAUCUUGCGGCACUACGUGAAUGGCCGACUGCUGUAUUGCCAUUCCCCGCCGAAUGUAUCGGACCCCUCCAUCUUCGACAUCCACGUGCUCGCUGCGACUCAGUUUCCUGACCCUGUCGAGGGUUCGAUCGCAGAGGAGAAGAGCGGUGCAGACAGCGUCGAUGAAGCGACUGGUCCGUUGACCGAGUCACCGACUGAGGAGGAGGGGCUGGACUUUGACACCAUUGUCGACGACAAGUCCAUUGUGAGCAAGCGGCUGAAGAAACACGGGCGAAAAGGACGCAAGGGACGCGAUAAAACGCCGUACGAAGACUCGGACUUGCCGGGCGGUGUUGCUGGAAUUCACAUCAACGUGGGCGGCAAGAAGAAGCACCGCAGACCGUAG